AUGUCGUCAGAUCUAGAAGCAACAGCUACGCACCGCAUCUUUGCCUGCGAGAGGUGUUCGCGCCGGAAACAGAAGUGCGAUCGAGUCUUGCCAAUCUGCUCGCCUUGCCGCACUGCUUGCUCGGAAUGCACCACGUCCGAAAGAGAAAAAGGCGUCGUGCAGCUGAAUGGCAACGACAUCGCCCGGAAAGGCUACGUUACUACGCUCCUGGAACGCAUUGCCGCCCUCGAGGAGGAAGUGGCAAAAGCCGGCCUCAGGACCGACGGCGUGUCUAGUCAUGACGAUCCUAUUCCUUCUGAAGUCCCAUCACCGCUCCCGAUGCCUUCGGACCAUCCGCGAGCACCCUCUCCGACAGACGCUAGAUGGCCCCUGGACGGACCCAGUAUGGACAUGGAUACUCUCUCAUUGAGCGCCAUGGCCGAGCCCCUGAGCCGUGCUGGCGAGUUCCUCAAGCAGCUUUCCAUGCCGCGUAUCAUUGCCGGCGUCACGGAAACGUACGGCGGCAACCCAGAAGCCACGACGCGAGUGGAUUCCUUGUGGGACGGCAUUUCCAAGUACAUCCGGCAUCCCAACGGCCAGACGCACCGUCUUCACCUUGAUCCAGCCGAGGCCUAUCGGUCGCUUGAGACGUAUCUCGAUGUCGUCGACUUUCGCUUUCCUCAGCUGCCAGUGGCAAAGGUCAAGUCGGGGCUUGAUGCCAUCACGGCUUCUGACGAGUCAAAAUAUAAAGAUACCCUAGCCAAGGAUCCCGCCCACAUUUUCAUGGCCUACAUGGUCCUCGCCGUGGUGCCUCUUGUCAGCGAUAACUACCCCAUAUCACAGGGUUCAUUCGUGUCCAUCCACCUGUUAGGAAAGUGUCUGAAGGUUCUCGAACGCGUCUUCCGCCAAGAAGAUGGUGUCGAUAUUAUUCAGUGUCUUCACCUGUUGGUCAUAUUCGCCAUUCACUGCUCCGCUGCAGGAUCUUCUUGGCACCUCAUCGGGUUCGCUAUGAACAAGUGCAUUGCGCUCCGAUAUCACCUCGAGUUUCCUCUUUCAGCUCCCGCGUCGCCCCGCCUUGCUGAAGAAUUGGAACAGCGUCGGUGGGCCUUUUGGGGUUGCUAUCACUUGGAUCGCCUCAUAUGUGCAGCUCUUGAGCGUCCGUGUUCAAUAGAUGACCGAUAUAUCACUGUCGCACUUCCCGGGGAAGAUGUUGCGCUCAACUCGACUCUUAGUUUGGGACAGGCCUUUCAUGUUCAUUUAUUUCGAUACUCUAGAUUGCUUUCCUCGGCAAUCAGUGAGAGCUCCGACGAAGACUUUCACCAUUCUUUGAGUCGCCUCCUCUAUUGGCGGACGUUGACCCCGCCCCAUUCAGAAGAUUCCAACCAGCAUCCCUAUCUUUUCCAAACUUCCCUAUUCCACACGUUCAUGCUUCGGAUUGCAAUUCAAGAAAUUCUAAGGUCAUACGAAUUUUCAGAGUCUGAGAAUAACACAAGGAGUGUUAACUACAUUGGAGAUGCCGGAGAUGCCACCAAGCGUGCAGUACUCCUAAAAGUCAAGUUGUUCGACAUAUGCUGUGCCGUUGCACGCAGCGUUGACCGAACUCGAAUGACUGGACGCCACUUCCUCUCCCUGUUGACCGGCUACAGCGUAUUUUCCAUGGCCUUAGCAACUCUCUAUCAUCAAUUAGUAACCGGGGGCUUAUGUGAAAAGUGUCUAAAUGACAAUGGCUAUGCGCAAUCCAUGAGUUCCGGACCGAGUCCGAGAAUUGCGAGUCAAAAGUGCAUCCAUUGGGAUGAUAUUUUAAACUUGGCAUGCCAGAAGCUCGAAAUAGUUGGACGGCAAUUUCCGCGAAUGCUGGAGUAUAGGCAGAUCAUCGAAAUGAUCAGAUGGAGGGUCCCUCCUGGUACCUACGCCGCUGCGCAAAACUCCUUGCUUUGGAAUUGGCUCGGCACGCCAAGCUCAAUGGCGAGGUCGUUUGACCCAAUCAAAAGUACAUCGACGCCUUCAGUCGCAGCGAUUUCAUCAACUUUCUCUAUGCUCUCCUUGGUCUCAAUCAUUAACAUGACUGAUGAGCCGUGCUUCAAUAUCCAAGCCUCCAAGCCUACCAAGCCCACGCUGUACAUCCUCAGUGACUUCCACCCCGAAGCAGUCAAAUAUGCUCAGUCGCUGUUUGAUUGCGUUCUCUUCGAGGAUCCAAAGGCCGCGAAAUGGCGAACAGAGGCCACGGCUAUCUUGAUCAAGGACUAUUAUAUCACAGCCAAAGACCUUGAUGCCGCUCCACAGCUUCGAGUCAUCGGCAAGCAGGGUGUUGGCCUGGAUAAGGUCGACAUCGAGGCUUGCAAGAAACGAGGUGUUCGGAUCUGCAAUACCCCAGGUGUAAAUGCCAGCGCAGUCGCCGAGAUGACCUUGGCCUUGGCUUUCAGCGUUGCUCGGGAGGUGCCGCACCUUGUAUUAAGGCAAACCGUCGAUGGCGAGGCGAUCCGCAAGGAGACUAUCAACGGCAUCUUGCUGUCCGGCAAGACACUCGGCAUUAUCGGAAUGGGAAACAUUGGACAGGCCGUCGCUCGGCUAUUUUCAGGUGGCCUUCACACCCCCAUCAUCGCAUUUGAUCCGUAUUUUCCCAAGGAUCCCGAAACUUGGCAGUCAAUCCCACACAAGCGAGUGGAUAACAUUGAUGAGCUACUAGAGGCUUCCGACAUCGUGACUCUACACGUACCCUUGACUGCCUCCACGACAGGGCUCAUCUCAUACCCACAGCUCAAGAAGAUGAAGUCGUCGGCCAUCCUACUCAACACUGCAAGAGGAGGGAUUGUGGAUGAGGAUGAUCUGGUCAGAGCUUUGGAGGAGGAGCUUAUUUGGGGAGCGGGAUUCGAUUGUCACGUCCAAGAGCCACCGACGAAGAAAAAGUACCAGCGGUUGUGGGCAUGUCACAGGUUUGUAGGAACACCACACAUUUCAGCGGCAACAGAUGAAACACAAAUCGCGACCAUUAAUGCUGCGACUGAUGGAGUGUAUAAAUUCUUACAUGGGCAGUCUUAG